AUGGUCCAGCUCCGGCAGCUGCUCCGCGCCCUGACUUUGAUGAAGUUCCCCUGCUGCGUGCUGGAGGUGCUCCUGUGCGCGCUGGCGGCGGCGGCGCGCGGCCAGGAGAUGUACGCCCCGCACUCGAUCCGGAUCGAGGGGGACGUCACCCUCGGGGGGCUGUUCCCGGUGCACGCCAAGGGCCCCAGCGGGGUGCCCUGCGGCGACAUCAAGAGGGAGAACGGGAUCCACAGGCUGGAGGCGAUGCUCUACGCCCUGGACCAGAUCAACAGCGAUCCCAACCUGCUGCCCAACGUGACCCUGGGCGCGCGGAUCCUGGACACCUGCUCCCGGGACACGUACGCGCUGGAGCAGUCGCUCACGUUCGUGCAGGCGCUCAUCCAGAAGGACACCUCCGACGUGCGCUGCACCAACGGCGAGCCCCCCGUGUUCGUCAGGCCUGAGAAAGUGGUGGGCGUGAUCGGGGCGUCGGGGAGCUCCGUCUCCAUCAUGGUAGCCAACAUCCUGAGGCUGUUCCAGAUCCCCCAGAUUAGUUAUGCAUCGACGGCACCUGAGUUAAGUGACGACCGGCGCUAUGACUUCUUCUCCCGCGUGGUCCCACCUGAUUCCUUCCAGGCCCAGGCCAUGGUAGACAUUGUGAAGGCCCUCGGCUGGAAUUACGUGUCUACUCUCGCAUCCGAAGGAAGUUACGGAGAGAAAGGUGUGGAAUCCUUCAUGCAGAUUUCCAAAGAGGCAGGUGGGCUCUGCAUUGCCCAGUCGGUGAGAAUCCCCCAGGAGCGCAAAGAUAGGACCAUCGACUUCGAUAAAAUUAUCAAACAGCUGCUGGACACCCCCAACUCCAGGGCCGUCGUGAUUUUUGCCAACGAUGAGGAUAUAAAGCAGAUCCUUGCAGCAGCCAAAAGAGCUGACCAAGUGGGCCACUUUCUUUGGGUGGGCUCAGACAGCUGGGGAUCCAAAAUAAACCCACUGUACCAACACGAAGACAUCGCAGAAGGAGCCAUCACCAUUCAGCCCAAGAGAGCAACCGUGGAAGGGUUUGAUGCCUAUUUUACAACCCGCACACUUGAAAACAACAGAAGAAACGUCUGGUUUGCUGAAUACUGGGAGGAAAACUUCAAUUGCAAGCUGACGAUUAGUGGGUCAAAGAAAGAAGACACAGAUCGCAAAUGCACAGGACAGGAGAGAAUUGGAAAAGAUUCCAACUAUGAGCAGGAGGGGAAAGUUCAGUUCGUGAUUGACGCAGUCUAUGCGAUGGCUCACGCCCUGCAUCACAUGAACAAGGAUCUCUGUGCUGACUACCGGGGCGUCUGUCCGGAGAUGGAGCAAGCUGGGGGCAAGAAGUUGUUAAAGUACAUCCGCAACGUUAAUUUCAACGGGAGCGCUGGCACCCCGGUCAUGUUUAACAAGAACGGAGAUGCUCCGGGGCGGUAUGACAUCUUUCAGUACCAGACAACCAACACCACGAACCCCGGCUACCGUCUGAUUGGUCAGUGGACAGAUGAACUUCAGCUCAAUAUCGAGGACAUGCAGUGGGGCAAAGGGGUCCGGGAGAUCCCCCACUCCGUGUGCACCCUGCCCUGCAAGCCCGGCCAGAGGAAGAAGACGCAGAAGGGCACGCCCUGCUGCUGGACCUGCGAGCCCUGCGACGGCUACCAGUUCCAGUUCGACGAGAACACGUGCCAGCACUGCCCGUACGACCAGCGGCCCAACGAGAACCGGACCGGCUGCCAGGACAUCCCCAUCAUCAAGCUGGAGUGGCACUCGCCCUGGGCCGUGAUCCCCGUCUUCCUGGCCAUGCUGGGCAUCGUCGCCACCAUCUUCGUCAUGGCCACGUUCAUCCGCUACAACGACACGCCCAUCGUCCGGGCGUCGGGCCGGGAGCUCAGCUACGUCCUGCUGACGGGCAUCUUCCUCUGCUACAUCAUCACGUUCCUGAUGAUCGCCAAGCCCGACGUGGCGGUGUGCUCCUUCCGGAGGGUGUUCCUGGGCCUGGGGAUGUGCAUCAGUUACGCGGCCCUCCUGACCAAGACCAACCGGAUUUACCGCAUAUUCGAGCAGGGUAAGAAGUCCGUGACGGCUCCCAGGCUCAUCAGCCCAUCGUCGCAGCUGGCCAUCACUUCGAGCCUGAUAUCCGUCCAGCUUCUGGGCGUCUUCAUCUGGUUUGGCGUGGACCCGCCCAACAUCAUCGUAGACUACGACGAGCAUAAGACCAUGAACCCCGAGCUGGCCAGGGGAGUGCUCAAAUGUGACAUCACAGACCUGCAGAUCAUUUGCUCCUUGGGAUAUAGCAUCCUCCUCAUGGUCACGUGUACUGUGUACGCCAUCAAGACUCGGGGUGUCCCCGAGAACUUUAACGAAGCCAAGCCCAUUGGGUUCACGAUGUACACGACGUGUAUAGUGUGGCUUGCCUUCAUCCCCAUUUUUUUUGGCACCGCGCAGUCGGCGGAAAAGCUCUACAUACAAACCACCACGCUUACAAUCUCCAUGAACCUAAGUGCGUCAGUGGCGCUGGGGAUGCUAUACAUGCCGAAAGUGUACAUCAUCAUUUUCCACCCUGAACUCAAUGUCCAGAAACGGAAGCGAAGCUUCAAGGCAGUAGUCACAGCAGCCACCAUGUCAUCACGGCUGUCACACAAACCUAGUGACAGACCCAACGGUGAGGCAAAGACAGAACUCUGUGAAAACGUAGAUCCAAACAGCCCUGCUGCAAAAAAGAAGUAUGUCAGUUAUAACAACCUGGUGAUCUAA